UGUCGUAGUGUAUGUCUCGCACGCGCGUGCGUGCAGCGGCUGGCGGUCCUUCCUGAGUGACAGGCGGAUCUCCUCUGCUCCUCUGCUCCGGAAGGGACACUCUGACGUGGGCACCCCCCCGAGCCUCAGGAUGUUUCGCAAGAAGAAAAAGAAGAGACCCGAGAUAUCGACACCCAAGAACUUUGAGCACCGUGUCCACACGUCCUUUGACGCCCGACGCGGCUGCUUUGUGGGCCUGCCCAUGCAGUGGCAGAGCGUGAUCGAGAACCUGCGCCGGCCCAAACCCAUGGUGGACCCGUCCAGGAUCACAGAAGUGGAGCUGAGGCCAAAGAAGACAAUUGUGCGCGGGAGUAUGGUCGGUCACGGUGACUACAUUGCAGCCAUGAUCCACGACAUGAGCCGUCUGUCCGUGACCAGCUCCAACUCUCUGAGGAAAACCAGCCCCUCGGAGAGGAAGAGGGCCAAGUCUUUGGGCCGGCUUGGCCAGGUGAAUGAGGGCGACCCUUAUCAAUACGAAAACUUGACCCAGGAUGACGACGAUGAGGAGGACGUGGCUCAGGAACAGUGGAACGACAAGGUCAGGAACGUACAUAGUGAGACCAACACUCCCUACUUAGGCAUGAAGAAGAGCAUCACCCUGCAGCCCAACGGGAUCCUGCCGAAGGCCAAGUCCACCUACGAAGUGAGCGUCACCUUCCCUGAGCGACCUUCACAGCUGCUCCGCACCCAGAACAUUCAGGCCCCAAGCCGUGGAGCUUCCAUGAGCAGUGAGGUGGGUAGUCCUCAGGAGAGAGUCAUAUGGAAGAGAGACUUCCAGCUGCCCAGGGGGUCCCCGCCCAACCACAGACCCAUAGCAUGUUUUUAUAGUCCAGCAGUGACUCCACAGCGUCCUGGGGAUCAGGGUUCAGUCCUCACGGAGCUGCGGCCCACCAUGCCUGUGUACAUGCACUCCCAGAACAGCCCUGGAAGGCCGUUCUCCUCCUACGACCUCAAAGCAGAACCAGCUAUGAGGUACCACUCUGGGUUCCUGCACACAGGAACCAGCAGUCCUCUGGGGAGUGGCUUCAGACCGCAGCGGGCUGUACGCUCCUCAGCUAGCUACACGCUGGGCCUCUCUCCAAAUAUGGGACUAAGGCCCAGCGGCCCAGAACCCUUCUUGAGACACUCUGGAUGCCCCAAUCCUCCCUACCCCAGGCAGGACAGCCCGUCUCAGCCCCGACCCUCGCCUACAGGCUCACUGGCCACAAGUCCUCCGGGCACCUGGUCACCUGCAUUCAGACCUCCUCUACACUCCUCACCAAGACCGCCCCCGGACCCUCCAAAGGUCACACAUGAACAGUUCAAAGCCGCCUUGCAAAUGGUGGUGGACAAGGGUGAUCCUCGGUCUUACCUAGAGAACUUCCUGAAGAUCGGCGAGGGUUCGACGGGGGUGGUGUGCAUCGCCACGGAGAAGCACAGCGGCAGGCAGGUGGCGGUGAAGAUGAUGGACCUGCGGCGGCAGCAGAGGAGAGAGUUACUCUUUAACGAGGUCGUCAUCAUGAGGGACUACCAGCACAGGAACGUGGUGGAGAUGUUUAAAUCCGCACUGGUGGAGGAAGAGCUGUGGGUCAUUAUGGAGUACCUGCAGGGCGGCGCUCUAACCAACAUUGUGUCUGAAACCAGGCUGAGUGAAGAGCAGAUCGCCACGGUGUGUGAAGCUGUUCUACAAGCUCUGGCCUACCUGCACUCACAGGGCGUCAUCCACAGAGACAUCAAGAGCGACUCCAUCCUGCUCACGUUAGAUGGACGGGUCAAACUUUCCGACUUUGGCUUCUGUGCCCAGAUAAGUAAAGACAUCCCUAAGAGGAAGUCUCUCGUGGGGACUCCCUACUGGAUGGCUCCUGAGGUCAUCUCCAAAUCACCGUAUGGCACCGAGGUGGAUGUGUGGUCGAUGGGAAUCAUGGUGGUGGAGAUGGUGGACAGAGAGCCUCCUUACUUCAGUGAAACGCCCGUAGCAGCUAUGAAGAGACUGAGAGAUGAACCAGCUCCGACUGUUAGAAAUGUCAGCCAGAUCUCUCCAGUGCUAAAAGACUUCCUGGACCGAAUGCUAACCCGGGACCCCCUGGUGCGCGCAAGUGCCACUGACCUGCUGGAGCACCCCUUCCUGCUUCAGAGUGGCUCAUCUCAAUGCCUGGUCCCACUGGUGGAACAGUACCGCAAGCGCAUGUCCCGCUGCUGA